ACGGAAUCUCGCGCUCUAGUAGAGUAAGAGAGAGAGAGAGAGCGCGCGAGCUCAACGGACCGCAGUGGAAUGUAGCGGGGAUCCCCGGCGCGCGGGACAAGAGCUGUCAAUCAUUCAUCAACGCCCCAAGAAAACACCUGAGUAGGUGGAGCAUGGCCAGUGGGAGUGGCUGGCGUUACUAUGCCUGAAGGCACGUGGCGAUGGUGUCCAUGGAGACAGAUGGCAGCUUCACUGGGGUCCAUGGUCUGUCCCUCUUACAGGCUGAAGAUAGCGUGGGGGCCGGACUUCCGCAGCAGGAAGGGACGUGGCUCGGCUUCCGGGCUACAGUGAGUGCUGUGCUGCUGCUGGAGCUGCUCCUGGGGGUGGGUGGCAAUCUCACCGUGCUGGUGUUAUACUGUGGUCACUGCAGCCUGUUGGAGUCCGUCAGUCAUGCCGUCACACUCAGCCUGCACACCCUUGACCUGCUGCUCUGUCUCCUUUGCCUGCCGAUCACUGCCACGCUCCUCAUCCUGGGUGGGGCCUCGGUUCCUCACCACGCCCUUCUCUGCUGUCUCCACGAAUCGGCAGCCAGUUUCGCCAGCGUGGGCACUGCACUUAAUCUCCUGCUCAUCAGCUUAGAUCGCUAUGACAUCAGCGUCCGGCCAGCCAAUCGUCUGCUGACACCUCGAAGGGCGACCAUUUUACUUGUUGGAGUAUGGGCAGUUUCUUUAGCCGUGCCCCUCCUACCAUUCUUGGAGGCGGGGUUUGUUUCAGGGCAAGGAGAGGGGGUGUUUGUGCACUCCAAUAGCACUGUGCUUUGUUCAGAGUGGGGGGGAUCUCUACAGGCUCAUCUGUUACUACAGGUUCCUGUGUUCCUGUGCUCUCUCGCUGUGAUGCUGUUUACAUACUCGCGAAUUCUUCAGGCACUGCACAUCCGCAUCGGACGCACACCCAGGCCCCAUCGAGACAGCAAGCGGCCUGUGCAACGCCUCUGGUUACGCCGUAAAAGGUCAACAAGGUCGCCGGAUCACACGACGAGAAACACACCCACCUCCCCACCGCCGCUUUCUACCGGGCCGCUUAUCGCCUCGGAUACAGUUACAACAGUAACCAUCAACACUGAGACGAACACCCCCUCACUCACCACACCACUUAGCCCCACCCCUACUGUAUCCGUGAUAACCUCGCCCUUAAGCCCCACCCCCACUGUUUCAAUGGUAACCACGCCUUUGAGUCCCGCCACAUCUGUGUCCGUCAUAACUAGCCCCCACAUCCCUACCCCUGCUACAUCAUCAGUGACCAUGCCUUUGAGCCCCAUGCCCACUGUGUCCACGGUAACCACUCAGCUAAGCCCCGCUCCCGCCAAAGGUCCGCCCAGCAUGGGUGUGGGAGCGUCAGUAUCGGCCAUUCUGGCUCUGCGUCGAGCGGUUCGGCGCCACCGUGAUCGGCGGGAACGUCAAAGACGAGUCUUUCGCAUGUCUGUCAUCAUCAUUCUCUCAUUUCUGCUAUGCUGGGCACCUCUCUCCAUCAUGCCCCUUCUCAUGCUGGCCAUUGGGCCCUCUGAUUGGCUAGAACGCCUGAGACUCUGCUUCCUGGUGCUCGCAUAUUGGACAGUAGUGCUACAUCCGCUGCUGUACGCAUUCACGCGGCAGAAACUGCGCAAAGUUCUGCAUACCCGUCUGCGCAGGCUGAAGUCGCAAAAUGCACAGACUCGUAUUCGCACUACCAGGAUCCGCCGCAAGCACAGGGCAGAUUGCAGCGAUGCUACUGACCGCUGCCUGACGGAGGCUGUUAGAGAGUGAGUGUUUGUGUGUCUGUGACUUAUAACUAGGCUCACACGGAAUCUGAAUGUGCAUUCCUAUGUGUACAUCCGUCAUUCCCUUGUGUUUUGGUUUAUUAAAUAUUUUGGAUGAUUUAAUUAUGCUUUCAGCUGGUAAUAUCAAUAUUUUCAGAUCCAUUUAACAUAUUUAACCAUGUUUAAAUCCAAGGCCGUAACCGUAUUUUGAACAUUGA